UCCACCAUUCAAUUUCACUAUCGACAAAUGGUUGUAAAGUUGGUAAACGUUGUUAUGAAGAGGGAGAAAUGGUGCGUGACAUUGAAUGGAAGACAAUGUGUGACAAUUGCUUUUGCGCUAUGGGCGGUAUUCGCUGUGUUCCACUUGCAUGCGCACCACCUCUACGAGGAUGUACACCCAUAGUACGUGAAGGACAAUGCUGUCCAUCGACCUACAAUUGCAGUGGGAGUAUUGCCGUUAAAUCGAGUCAAAGUUAUGCUUCGUACGCAUUUAUUAGUAAAGAUUAUGCAAAAUUUCGGAAAGAAACGAAUUUUCUUUCACCCGGUGAAAGCGGGUAUUCGACGGUGGAAGGUAGGUCGCACCGUCAAGAUGAUGAUUUACCAAAAAUUGAAGAACCACUUGAAAAUGAAUCAACGAUAUCGGGGAUUGAGGUAGCAUCGUCCACAGUCACUUAUGAGACUGAGACGAUGGAUAACGAGAUUCCCACUGAGAGCAUGGAUUAUCCCAAGUCAACUACGUCAGCAGAGAGCAUCACCCAAUCUUGGACAAGCACCGACGGCGAUGAAGCUAUCGAGGCAUCUAGUACCAUUGAAAUCUCCACUACCAGCUCCAGUAAUACGACUAUUAUUGAUUAUCAAUUGACCACUAACAUUGGCACAUCAACUGUCAUUGAUUACACUCUGUUGAACGAAGGAGUGGCUGACACGACUGUAAGGUCUGACGGAAUGUCCUCAUUAGGUCAUUCAAUUCCAAUAGUUAAUGAGAAAAAUGGAACAUUUCAAUUGAAAACAAAAGCACGAGAGAAAAUGGAUAACUUUGAGAGAAACUCAACUAGCGAAUAUCCGGAAAUUAUUUUUGAAACAACAUUUGGAACAAUUAAGGAGAAAGUAGAAGCUAAUGAUGAGUCGAUGGGAGGUGUCAAAGGAGCUGUCAUGAUGCCUGAAGAUAUUCUUGUUAUGAAUGUCACUCUAAAAACCAAUGUUUCUGUGGAAAUUGUCCAGAGUAUUGGUAAUAAUUCUGUGCGGCCGUUGUCCACUGUUAUUCAAAGAAUCGUCAAUAUUACAGACAGGAAGAAGGAACAGGAUUACGAAGAGUACGAUUACAACGAACCUACACUGCCCCCUUCCUUGCCUAAUGUCCGAAUCAUUCCAUUUGUCGCAGCAGAUGCUCUUGUUAAGGAUAAAGAAUCAACAUCACCAGUAACUGCUUAUCCCCUGGGCUUAGUCGGCGUUCCACCAGAACUGAGACCAACUGAUGUGUCCGCCGUUGGUAGUCCUAGCAAUUUCUAUAACAUUGUUACCCAGGCGAAUCGCUUCAGUCCACCAGUAGAAACUGAAGGUCUGUGCUGAUUGUUCUGCAUCUUUUCUUCUUCUCUAAGGCC